AUGCAGAUCAACGGAAGUGGGAAACAGAUCGUUGAGCCUGCCGCGAGACAAACCUUUACUCUCGAAGUCUGGCUUGACAAUUCGCCCUUGAAUCAUCAGGCAGUCUCACGGUAUCCUACCUCGGCCAAAACGGGCUACGUCGGCAUCGAGAUUCGCAGUCCGUCGGAACCCCUCCCAUCGGAGGACCAUGCGGCAGUUCGUGAUAGCUCGUUCCCAGAAUCAUUGUUCUUCACUUCCUCCACAAACUCGUCAAGGUCUAAAGGGGAGUAUGCAGACGUUGUAUUUGUGCAACAAUGGGGGGAGAUCCAAUACGCAAGAGAAGUUCCUGGAGAAGGAAGUCCAAUCCAGGAGCUACCGUUCACCGGCAACUUCAGCACUGUUGAUUUUACGUACUGGCCAGAUCGGAAGACAUACGAAGCAUUGGAAUUCGAACCUCCGAGAUUUAUUCAGGGUAUCUUCCUGGCAUGUCCCGGUACUGUUGGUGGGAAGGGAAGUGACAAGCACAUCCUGGAUGGCCAAUUUACUGCAACCUUCGAUUCCCUUGUGACCGAAAGCAUCGAUAGCUGGAAAGUCCCUGGGCUAAGCAUUGCUGUAAUUCAAGACGAUGAGGUGUGUGCAAAGGGAAACGGAUUUGCAAAUUAUCCUGAUGUUCAAUGGAAAGCACCUGUGUCAAGUCUGAUUAGAGAUGAUCUUGUUCUCUCAGAUCCGAGAUAUACUGAGGAGGUUACUGUUGAGGAUAAUUUCUCACAUCGAAGUAGACUACCGGAGUAA